AUGAUUACUUCAAAAGAAUAUACAAAUGAAUGUAUCCGACAUUAUCUUAAAAACGAUACUACUGAUUGGACAUCUGGUAAUAAGUUUAUAGAUGACUUUAUUCGAGAUAGUUAUACGAGCUCAACCCUAGAUACAAUUAUCGAAUGGGUACCUAUGGAUCAUUUUAAAGAUUUUGAAUUUAAAGCAAAAGGUGGUUUUGGAUCGAUAUUUAUGGCUACUUGGGUUGAUGGUUGGAUUGAUGGUUGGGAUCAAGAAGCUCAGAAGUUUGUAAGAUCAAAACCAGGAAAAGUUGUUUUAAAAAUGUUAGAUAAAUCUAAUAAUGCUAACAUAGAUUUUUUUAAAAAGGCUAUAUCUAAUGUAACACUCACAAAUUUAAAUUGUGUUAAAUGUUACGGCUUAACAAAACACCCAGAUAGUUUAGAAUACAUGUUAAUCUUAAAAUAUUUGAAUAACGGGAAUCUCAAUACGUUUUUAUUCAAUAAAAACAAUAAAUAUGGCUGGAAACGAAUUUAUUUAAUCCUCCAGCAAAUACUUAAUGGGCUUUGUUCUAUCCAUCAUCUUAAUAUGAUUCAUAAAGAUAUUCAUCCUGGAAAUAUUCUUUCAGAUCAGGCAAAAUGGUAUAUUAGUGACUUUGGAAUUUGUGAAAUUAUAACGUCACGUCAAGAUUUUCUCUGUUCUCAAACAAAUUUGUCUAUUAAUAAAAGUGAAAUUAUUGAUUACCAAGAUAUUCCCAGCCCUAAAAAUAAAUACAAUUCAGAUAACGAAUAUGCGCAGACAAACAUUAACGAUUUAUUAGUAAUAAAACAAGUGAUAAAUAAUGAAAAUACGAAAUUCUAUAAUAAAAAUGAAGAAUACAAAUACUUGCAUGCAAAAAAUUAUAUUUCAGUAAUUUUAAAUAAUAACUUGCAAAAUUCACUUAAAGGUAUUGGACAUGUACAACAAAUGAAUGAUAAUUUGUUAAUGCCACAUAAAGAAGUAAACAGAAAAGAUAAACAUAUAGAAGUAAGCAAAGAAGAUAUACGUGAAAAAGUAAGCCGAGAAGGUAAUAAAUGCAAUGCAAAAUUUAAUCCUUUGUUGGUUAUUUCAAAUUAUUAUUUUUAUUAA